AUGAUAUUUAGAACACCCCGUGCGUUAUCCAACAAAGUUUGUGAUGCUUUAGUAUCAUUUGGCGUCCGCCAAAAUAAAACAACUUUCAUUUCACACCCAGGGGUUAUGGCGGUUUCCCAACUUUUAGAAAUGAAAUUAAUAACAAGACCUAGAGCUACAUUAACACAAGAAAAUGUAAAUGCUAUGGUUGAGUUUGAUUAUGAUUUAGCCAAAAAAGCACAAAUAGCUGUUGAUAAUAAUUUACCUAUAAAUUUUUUCGACCUUGAAUAUAUAGAUCGACCCGAAUAUUUAAAACAACUUUUAGAAGAAAAGGCAGUUUUAGAAAAAGCUAGAAAAGAAGUGUUAAAAAGAGAAAAAGGAAAUUACGAAAUGCCAGACAUAAUUAAAAAUUAUAAAAGAGUUGAAGUUCCUAGAAAAUGGAGACAAGAAUUAGAAAUUGAUGAAAAAAUUUUAAAUGCUCAACCUGGUUUAAAAGAAAAUAUAGAAUUACAAAAAAUUAUGCAUGAUUAUAUUCAAAAUAAAUCUAAAAAUAAAGAUACACAAAUAAACAAAAAACGAGAAAUCAAAAAUUAA